AUGACUUCUAUUGAUGAUUCAAAACGUUCAUUAGUGGUUAUGGCUGAUUCAAGAGUUCGCAAGAAUGCAACAGAACCAAUCAAUACAUACUCAUUCAUUCGUGGAAGUUACGAUUCAACAUUAACUAGAACAGUGAAUGAUAUAUUAAAUGAUUUGAAUAUUAAGGUAAGAGUUGAACAGAAGAAUGAAGAAAUAAAGAGUAUAAUGAAUGAAAACAAAGAUGUAAACAUUGACGAUAAACUUGCCCAGAGCAUAGUUGAUGGCAUCUGUGAUUUUGAAGUACAUAAUGACGGUGGAAACAUGAAUUUAGAAAAAGAAAUAACAUUAUUCACACUGUUUCAAGCUAUUAAUUCGUUACCUAAUCAUUUGAUUAAUGAAGCAUACGAUAACGUUUAUAACUUCUGCAGUUUAACAGAAAAUGCAAAAAGUAAUUUUGAAAAAGCACGUAGUAGAUAUGCACAUUUAAUGACUUCUCCAUUUGUUUUAGUGAAGAUUCUAAAACUAUAUCAAAAGGAAUAUUAUGAUGAAUACGUUUUACCUUUAUUACGUAAGCCAAAAAUAACAUUUGAUAUAAAACUUGAUGACUCGUUUUUGAUAACAGAUAUUAGACGCAAGGCUGAAAAUCAUCAGUAUAAAAACAGUUCUGAAGUAAUUGAGGAUUUAUCACGUGUAAUCCGUUUUGUAGAUUGUGGAAACAAAUAUUUCAUUCAAAAGGACUAUAAUAUCCACGACAAAAUGAAUCAAAUAUCAUUCGUUCUUCAAUCAAACAUGAAAGAGUCACUCAAAAUGAUUAAAUUAUUUAAAGAAGAAGGUAAAACCAUAACAGCGUGGGACGUACUACUAAAUCAAUUGUCUUCAUUAACUGUUAAGGGUGUUUGCUUUAAAUCUGAUUCCCCAGAUGUUUUCUCAACGUUUCAAGGUUAUAAAUACAACAUUCUCGAAAAGCCUGAUUACUCAAAAAUUGAGAUGUUUAUGAAUUUCAUUAAAGAAGCCAUUUGUGAUAAUAACGAUGAAGUGUAUAAAUACCUUCUCGGCUGGAUUGCAUCAAUGAUUCAACAUCCUGGAAUCAAGAAUGAAACAGCAAUUAUUUUGAAAGGACUUCAGGGAACAGGUAAAAACAGAUUUACAGACAUUAUUUCUGAACUUCUCGCUGGUUAUUCAUGUAAAAACAUUACCGAAAUAAGUGAGCUAACGGGUAAUUUCAAUUCAGUAGUUGAAAAUAAAAUGUUUCUUGUACUUAAUGAACUCAAGAAUGUAGGUGAAGACAGACUUGCAAACUUCAACGCUUUGAAAUAA